AUGAAAGCAUCGAGUAAUUGCGAUCGAGUACUCAUUAUCGGUGCGCAUGAUAGUUGUGUGCUCAGUAUCGAUAAGUGUAGAUGUAGAAAAAAAUAUAGUGAGAAUAUGGCGAGUCUUGAGGGCCAGCAAGAAAAUUAUUCGAAUAACCCAGCAGUGGAAAACAUACCCAAACGACCCGAAAGCCGAGAGGGGAGCGCCGAACGCAAAGCGUCCAAAGAUCGAGAGGAAAAACUGAGAUAUGCGCGUGAUCGACAGAACGAGGAGCGACAGAAAAAAAUCGAGGAGCUGCGCGCCCAGGCCGAGGCAGCACAAAAAUAUCGCGAACAAAAGGAGGAGGAGCGUCGCCGUCGCAUCGAGGAGAUACGCGUCCGUGAUACAGAGAAGCGUCAUCAGGUUGAGGAGCGCAAAAAGGCCAUCAUCGAGGCCGAGAAGGAGCGACGCGAGUUUAUACUCAAAAAGAAUCAGGAACGCGAAUCGCGAAUAGAGACAAAGAGGCGCGAUAGAAAUUCGAUUGCCUUUGCUUUUGGCUCCUCAACGCCACGUUUGCUCGAUGUGCCGGCAGAUUAUGGUCUGGUAUCGCCCAGCACCUUUUGGAGUCAACGACGAUCCACAUCUAUAUCGAACGUGGCAGGCGCCUCGCUCUCACGUCGCAGUUCCGAGCGUGAACUAGCCGACAGUGGUGCUAAGAAGCGUGCCUCCUCAUCCACGGACAGACAUGAUGAUCAUCGCCGCAAGUCUUCGUCCAUGUACGAGGUGUUCAAUUGGGGCUAUUCCAAUGAUGAGCCGCCGAAGCGUUUUUCGCUAUCGAUAGCCGGCAGCGAGAUAAAUAUUGAUGGGCCAGCGCCCAUUAAGAACAACGCCCAAAUACUGACUUCCAAUACAACAACCACAACUGCGCACAGACAAUAUACAACAACAGCAACUGCAAGCCACAACAACAACAACAACUACAACAAUAACUCAUAUCGUAAGGAAGAUAACGUUGACACAACACAGAACAUGAUGUUCCGAAGCGUUUACCGCAGGAAAACGGACCUCAUGCCGACAAUACCCAGCCCCCGAGACGGGCACUACGGUUCGCGCAGCUCACUGAGCACGACGCCCCGAACCCCAGGACGCGCCUAUUCGAUGAACCGCUUGGAUCAGCUGGCCCAGCCCAUACGCCGCAAUGGCGAGCAUGUGCGCGCCAUACUGGAACGGGAGCGACGCGAACGUGAACUGGAAAUGCUGGACGAGACCUCCUCACUGGGCGGCGGCAGCACAGCCAGCAGUCGCCGUGCCCAUUUGAGGGGCAAACGUGCGGGCAGCGCAAGCGUUGGCGCCAGCGGCACAUCCAGCGCCGCCGGCAUCAUGUCGCGCAGUAUGACCCAUCUGGCUGCUGGUGGGGGACAGCGGGAGCGUGGCAAAUAUUCGCUAGGUGGCGGCAUCUCGACCAGCUUUCGGCCGCUGGGCAGCGGUCCGCGCGACUCUAGUAAGAGCAUGACACAGAUAAGCUAUUCGUGGUCGAGCACAAACAGCACCAACAACAACAACCACAACCCACAACAACAACAACAACAGCAACAACGCCAAUCGAAUCUUGGCUUGCAAACUGCCGCAACUAAAAAAUAUCUUCAAACAUCAUUUGCCUCAUCCCACAACGCAUCCUAUACGACAGCGUCCGCGAACGCGUCUAGGCGUGCCCAGCAGCAAUAUGCGAUAUCCACAACUUCUAGUACUAACCCCUACUACCGUUAUCACGACCUCGAUCCAAACUCAUUGUUGCUCAUGAACUCUUCUAGUUUGUUAGUGAAUGCAGGCUCACGUUCCGGCAAUGUAACACCCGGCGGCCAUGGACACUUGAGCGGCUCACGUCCCGGCAGCGCCAUGUCCACAUCCACAACGUUGUCCACAGCCGGGCCGGUGACCAGGCGUCCCGCGACGGCGCCACGCAAGCCCAGGCCAGCCAGCAUAGCCGGCACUGGCAUGUCCCUCGAGGAGAUCAACAAACUGAAGCGGGACAAUAAGCCGCCAAUGAAGACAACAACAACAACAAAUGCCGCCUCGCCAACCACGUCUACAGCACAAACGACACCCAAACGAACACCGAACCUCAUGUCGACCUCAAUGAUCGUGACCUCCAGCUCAACGCGAAUGCACAGCGCCGAAAAGAAGACGCCCCAAAAGCGGGAAACGCUGCCACCAAAGGCUGCCUCCGCUUCCAGGGCACAGCCCAGCCGCACCGCCAGCAUGGAGCGCAUCAAUCGACGCCAGAAGGAAUCCGCAACAAAGUCUGCAGCCUCGGCGAUGAGUGCGUCCAUGAUUGUUACCAGCAGCACUGGCAGCGUCACGACAGCAGCUGCCGUCGUGCCAGCGCCCACACCAGAGGCAAAUGGUGUGGUCAAGGAGCCAGAAGAGCUUGCCGCAAAGUUGGUACCAGUUCCUGAUGCAGCUUUGGCCGCUGUCAGCAAGGCGGAAAAGGAGGCAUUGAACACAGUCAAGACGGAGCAAGUGCAGCAGCAGGAGCUGGUGCAAAUCGAGGCCAAGACACAACCUGAGCCUGAGCCUGAGCAUCAGACAGAGCCAGCUGCUGUUGCCGUAGAGAAAACAGCGGUAGAGCCAACAGCUGCAUCGCUCAGCGUAGAGGAGAAGGCCGACGAGGGCAACGAGAAAGUCCAGGCUGCAGCCGAGCCCAUUGUAAGUGUGCCGAAGAAAGCAUUACGUAACGGCAGCAAGGAGAACUCGGAGGUGCGCGAACUGACACCCCCAACGGCCAAUUUAUCGGUCGAUAGCAGCAACGAUUUGAUGACCGCAUCGAUGAUAGCAAAAAAGAUAACGACUGAGGAGGAGGCUAAGGCCGCAUUAGCCGAAAGACGACGCCUGGCCCGCGAGGAGGCUGAACGACAGGCAGAACUGGAGCGCCAACGACUCGAGGCCGAGCGUCUGGCCGAGCUCAAGGCACAGGAGGAGGAGGCCGAACGCCAGCGACUAUUUGAAGAAGAGUCCACACGCCUGGCGGAGGAACAGCGCCGCGGCGAGGAGGAGCGUCUACGCAAGGCCAUCGAGGAGGCACAGCAGCGCGAGGAGGAGGAGCAGCGCAGGCGCGAGGAGGAGGAACGCCAGCGCAUCGAGCGCGAAGAGGCCGAAAAGAAGGCCAAGGAGGAGGCCGAAAAGCAGCGCAUCGAGGUGGCCGAGCGUCUCAAGCGCGAGGAAAAGGAGCGCGAAGAGCGACGCAAACGCGUCGAGGCAAUCAUGUCCCGCACACGCAAAGGCGGCGCCGCUGCCACCACACCCGCUAAGGAAUCCGCUGACACCAAGGCUGUCGCGGCUGCAUCGUCAGCGCCCAAAGAGAACGAUGUGAACAGCAGCAGCAGCAACUCAACCGAUGGCUCGCCCAGCAGCAGCAGCACCAUCAAUGAUGCGCCCGCGCCCGCAGCGGAAACGGAGACGGACGCGGAGCCGCCCAACAGUCAGGCCAUGUAUGAGCAAUCGGUGCUAGACAAGGAGAACUCGCUUAUCAAUAGCUUCGCCAAUAUGAUUAUCGAUGAGAAUGCCAAGAACUUGCAUCAGUUCGAGGUGAGCAAUGGCAAGCUGCAUGUGGAAACUAUUGGAGCAACAACACCAGCAGCAGCUGCUGCUGCUGCAGCAGUGGCCAACGGGAAUGGCCAUAUCGAGAAUGUGAACAACAAGAACGACAUCAAUCUGCUGCAGGACGCAGUGACUCCGGCUGUGACACAGCUAAUCGAUCUGAGCAUUGAGUCACAACAAGAUCUACACAUCAACAACAACAAUAAUAACAAUAACAACAACAACAGCUUGCUGACGAGCACAGCGGCAAACAACACGCUAGUCACUGCUGAUAGUCACGAGAAUAAAGAUAUAUCGCUGCUGUGAAUUCGUUGAAGAAAACCAAACCAGAUUGUUUUCGAAACUAUCUAAGAAAAAAGAAAAACAACAACAACAAAAAACUGAUAUAUAGCUAAAUGUGUGUGGAGUAUUUAUUUAUAGAUUGAGUUAAAAAACAAAGAAAAAAAAAAACAAACCAGCCAAGCGCAAGGUCUGGUUGGGAUAGAACGUGUGUGCCGAGGAGAGCAACAAAUUAUGGUUACUAGCGAUACUAACAAACAGGAAAACAACAAAGCUUAUAAAAACUAUAUACACCCUAUUAUAUACAUAUAUAUUUAAAACAAAAGAUGAGCUAAACAUUAUAAAGCUGGCAGAGAGUAUGCGAAGAGCGAGCGAGCGAGCGAGUGCAUGUAAUAUUAGUUAAGAACUAAGACAAAAACUAAAAAAAAGAAAAGAUACAAAUCUUGAUGAAAAACGCUGAUUAUGAUAACAGUUAAAAGAUAAGAGAUAAGGCAUAAAGGAUAAUGCCUGAUAACCAGCCGAAUCAUUGAUUGAGAAUUCGGAGCGUCUCGCGUUUAUUGCAAAGCAAUUCGAUAUCCAAUGUUCCAUAAUUGUGGAAUACGUUCUCAUUUAAUUAAAAAAAAAACAUUUCUAAUUAUUAAUUAAUUAUCAAUGUGUAAUUGUGGCUAGGCAACAAAAUCGCUUCAAAAGUUUGUUUUGCAAUUCAGAUAUUUUGAGAGACGCAGCGUUAUAUAUACAUAUAUAUAAUUGAAAAUUAUAUAGAAAAUCUGGCAAAGAGAGCAAGCGAGAAUACCCUCGAAAAUGAUUUGCAGACGCGGUAUGUGCAUAAGAUACCCUGCUGGGAGCUGAACCGCCGUCGCCGUCGCCGUUGUCACCUGCUUCACCUGUGCUGAUUGCCCAAUUUGUGCACAGUUGUUUUAUAAGUUAAGUUUAAUAACCGUUGAGCCAACGAAUCGUGAGGUAUUAUUUAUUAAAAAAAACAACAACUAAGAAAAUUUGUCUGAAAUUAUUUGCUGAUGCUGUCCUAUGUCCAGAGAGUGUAACUGUAGCCUAUAUAAACAAAAUAUAAAACUAACACACACAGAUAUCAGAUAUCAGUGCUGACACACACACACACACACACACACACACAUACACAUACCUAGGAACUAAUGGGAGUCGAGUCGUUUAAUUCUGAUUAUGCUUAUGUCAUUAUUUUGUAAUUGUAUUAGUGUUUCUCUCUCUGUAUAUUAUUUGUGCGUCAAUUUCUAUACACAUAUAUAAAUAUAUAUUAAUUCUUUUUUUAUAUACAUAUAUACACAACUAUAUUUGUAAUUUGUAUUUAUCCAUGUGCAAAAUAAAUUAUGAUUAUUUUUUUUAAUUGAAUUUAGCAAAUUAUUUAGCAUGCACUCCCAAAAAAGAUUGUUAAAAGAAAAGCAAAGAAACAUAAACCAUAGUCUAUAAUGCAAUUCACACACACACGCACGCACACAUGUGUGUGUGUGUGCCACACCCACUUGUACUUGAGCGCGAGGGCCUUAACAUGCAUGAGAGCAAGCAAAAAAAAACUUGAUCCAACCCCAUUUAUCCCGUUAAAAGUAGUUUAAUAAUAAUGGAAUGCUUUCCUAUGUUUAAUAACCUAAAAUGGCGAUAUAAUCAAAAGACAAAUGCAUACAUAUAUGUUUAAUAUAUAUAUAUUAUUGAAAAAUGUCUUGCUGCAGUGAAAA